UAUUAUACAUACCCAGUGCGGUUAUGCAGCAGUUUAGCAGUUUUAUUUCGUGCGCAAAUUUUGCCAUCAUUUUAGCUUUAACUACUUGCAGUCAACUGGCAGUUGUUGUUGUCAGUGGCCACGAAUACUUGAGAGAGAAGCCUUCAUUUCUGCAGCAAUGCCAUCUGCACGAUCAAAUCAAUGGCAAAUGUCUGGCGAAUGUUUUUGAAAAUUUGUUCACCGAGUGGCGUAAUGGCGUGCCUGGCUUGAAAGGACUUAGUUCACUUGAUCCGUUUCAUGUGAAACGUGUGCGACUCUCACAGCAAACACCAGGUUUGGCUGAUAUCAAAGCUGAGCUGACGAAUAUGGUGGCGCAUGGUAUGAGCGGCACGCGUGUAUUGAAAACGGCCGUCAAUGAUAAAGACUAUACGAUUGAAUUCAAAUUACAUACACCAUCGGUGCGUGCCGAGGGCGAUUAUCAGGUUAAUGGUCGCAUAUUGAUUUUGAAUUUGAAUAGCGUCGGCAAGAUGUCAUCCACUGUUGAAAAUCUCGAAUAUCGCAUUUCGUGCAAAGCAAAUUUAAAAAAAAUCGAUGGCCAAUAUUUCUUCGAUUUGAUCUCAGCCACUUCGCGCAUUGAUAAGAUUGGCAACUUUAAAAUCCAUUUCACGAAUCUAUUUAGCGGCAAUAGAGAGCUGGAGAAUAGCGCACAUGAAUUGUUCAAUACCAAUUGGCGUGAGAUUUUCGAAAUUAUGCGUCCUGCUUUCGGGCAAACAAUCAAUACGAUCGUUCUCAAUCGUUAUAAAAAGAUUUUAAGUUAUGUACCGGCUAAUUAUUUUUUGGAUGAUUUACCAUAA